GCACUGCCUGAGUGGGUGCGCAGGCGGCUUCCGGUGUGGGUGACGAGUGGUGGCCGAAGCAGGGGGACAUCAAGGGACGUUCAGGCCGGGACCAUGGCGGACGGCGGCUCAGAGCGGGCUGAUGGGCGCAUCGUCAAGAUGGAGGUGGACUACAGCGCCACGGUGGAUCAGCGACUGCCAGAGUGCGAGAAGCUGGCCAAGGAAGGAAGACUUCAAGAAGUCAUUGAAACCCUUCUCUCUUUGGAGAAACAGACCCGCACCGCUUCUGAUAUGGUGUCUACAUCCCGUAUCCUAGUUGCAGUGGUGAAGAUGUGCUAUGAGGCUAAAGAAUGGGAUUUACUUAAUGAAAAUAUUAUGCUUUUGUCAAAAAGACGGAGCCAGUUAAAGCAAGCUGUUGCAAAAAUGGUUCAACAGUGCUGUACUUACGUCGAGGAAAUCACAGACCUUCCGAUCAAGCUUCGAUUAAUUGAUACUCUGCGAAUGGUUACAGAAGGCAAGAUUUAUGUUGAAAUUGAGCGUGCUCGACUGACUAAAACAUUAGCAACCAUAAAAGAACAAAAUGGUGAUGUGAAAGAGGCAGCCUCCAUUUUACAAGAGUUACAGGUGGAAACCUACGGAUCAAUGGAAAAGAAAGAGCGAGUGGAGUUUAUUUUGGAGCAGAUGAGGCUCUGUCUAGCUGUGAAGGAUUACAUUCGUACACAAAUCAUCAGCAAGAAAAUUAACACCAAAUUUUUCCAGGAAGAAAAUACAGAGAAAUUAAAGUUGAAAUAUUAUAACUUAAUGAUUCAGCUGGAUCAACAUGAGGGGUCCUAUUUGUCUAUUUGUAAGCACUACAGAGCAAUAUAUGAUACUCCCUGUAUACAGGCAGAAAGUGAAAAGUGGCAACAGGCUCUGAAAAGUGUUGUCCUCUAUGUGAUCUUGGCUCCUUUUGACAAUGAACAGUCAGAUUUGGUUCACCGAAUAAGUGGCGACAAGAAGUUAGAAGAAAUUCCUAAAUACAAGGAUCUUUUAAAGCUUUUUACCACAAUGGAGCUGAUGCGCUGGUCCACGCUUGUUGAAGACUAUGGACUGGAAUUAAGGAAAGGGUCUCCCGAGAGUCCGGCAACUGAUGUGUUUGGUUCUACAGAGGAAGGUGAAAGAAGGUGGAAAGACCUGAAGAACAGAGUCGUUGAACAUAAUAUUAGAAUAAUGGCCAAGUAUUACACGAGGAUAACAAUGACGAGGAUGGCCCAGCUUCUCGAUCUGUCUGUUGAUGAGUCAGAAGCUUUUCUUUCGAAUCUAGUAGUUAACAAGACCAUCUUUGCUAAAGUAGACAGGUUGGCAGGAAUUAUCAACUUCCAGAGACCCAAGGAUCCAAAUAAUUUAUUAAAUGACUGGUCUCAGAAACUGAACUCACUGAUGUCUCUCGUUAACAAAACUACACACCUCAUAGCCAAAGAGGAGAUGAUACAUAAUCUACAAUAGGGUCUCCGUGCCCUUAAUGCUUUUAGAAAAGAGUUAAAAUUGGAAGUCAUUUAAAAACAAAAAAAAAAAAGACUGUUAUGGUGUAUAUGUUGGGGUUUUUUUUCUAUUCUCAGCUCCUUUGUCUAAAAUUUAAAAGAUAGUGACUAUGUUUAAGGCCCCUUUUGACCUUUCACUUCCCUGAUUUUAUCGUUAACUUUGCAUUUGCAAUUGGUGCAAAAAAAAAAAAAUUUCUAUUUCUAUGGUCUACGUACUCAAAAACUUGUGUCAUAACUUACCCAAAUGUGUUUUUCUAUCAUUUGAAAACUUUUUAGCUAUUAUUUGUUCUCAUUCAGCUAACAACCGUCAUUAUUAUAAUAAAAGCAGUAUAUGCACAUUGACUUUCUAUAGUUACCUGUGUUUCUGAACAUUUUGUGGGAUAGGGAUUUAAGUAUUUUUUAAAUAAAAGAAAUUCUGCUGUAAAGCUAUCAAUUAUUUAGUAGAAUUUCAAAAACAACAUAGGGCAUAUCAGAACAUUUGGGAUAGAGUUGUAAUUUGUGAAGAAUUUGUAUUUUAGUAUUGUGGCAAAAGGCCUCUAGACUGAGUGUAGAGAGUGAUUGGUAGGCUAAAGACUUAAUGUAGACUUAAUUUUUUUUCCUUGAGUCAAACUGGUUUCGAUCACAGUAGCUCGAUUCUUUCCGUUCCCCGUCUUGACCAGUUACUGAACAAAAUCAAGUGACGUCGUGUUGACACAGGUUAACACGCAAAGUCAUUUUUAUAAGGUUUGUUCGUGGCUUUCACAUCUAGGUCUAAUGACAUCAUUAGUGUUCCAAAUUCAUUAACUCUAUAGGAACUGAUUUCCAUUACAUGAACACUGGAUAACAACCUAACACGUUUUAAAAAUGAUCCAGGAGGACUCAGCCAUCCUCUAAGCAGAUUGUACAGUAUUGACAUUUCUUUUACAGAAGUAAACAAAAGUAGUUAUACUAUCAAAAGAAACAUCUGAGAUCAAUUAAUAUGAGCAAAUUUUUGGAAGUUUUUAAAAAAUUUGAUUUAUUUCAGGGAAAACAGAACAAUGAAACAAUGUUAGAAGGUUAUUUAAAGUAAAGAAAGUAGGAGGUCUGCUUUUUUGAAAAUACAAACGAAGGGAGGGGGGAACAAAAGGCAUUGUGGAAAUAACAUUUUUUUCAUAAUUUGUUUUCAUUUAGUGGUCACUAAACUGUUCUGUGAUCCAGAGCUGGGGACAAUUGUAGGGACCUCUGCUAUUUAUGCUGAGUCAUUGUGAGUAAUAACCCAGUAUUAAAUCCAAGUCUAUUCUUCGGAAAUUUAUGUAUCGGUCACAUUGAUGACAAACAUCUGCUACCACUCAUCUUUAAAAAUCUAACCAAAACUGUGGUGGCAAGUUCAGGAACAUCAGAAGUUCACACUAGCAGUAGAAUAUGGUUUCAAUUUUCUGCUGAAUGAAAAGGAUAGAAAAUGAAAUCAUUUUGCAUUGUUCAUUUGUAAACCAAAUUGGAGCUAAUUUGAAUCUAGCUUCUCGUUAACUCACUAACUCGUUACCCUUGUACUUGGCAAACACCUAGGCCAUUUGGCCAGAUGUAUUGUUGUCAAGCUCUCAAAUUGACCCUCUUUUGUCUUUGUUUAACGUGCUUGCCCUCGAACUAAGCUCUUUGUGUGUCCUGAUUUGGUGCCAUUUGUAACGGUGUCCCAGUCACUGGAUCUCAUUUAAUUUAACUGCUCAUCCAGUUCUUGAGUUUUUCCUAUCCAAGCAACUUAAAUUUCUUAGUGUUACGAAGAAGAAUCAGCUAACACAGGGCAAUAAAAUAUUUGAGACGUUCAGAACCCCAAACCCUGGCUUCCAUUUCAGACUUCCAGCUGGCUGUUCGUGAAAAGGACAGAACCACUUUGUUUUAAAUAUGGAGAAGAUAAUACUUAACUCCUUUUCGUUUUCAUUAGGUUACUAACUACAGAGAGAUGAUGAGCCACUGUUUUUUGUUUUUGUUUUUAAAUGAAACACUUUUUACCCUUUUAUUUUUAUAUAAUUUAUGUUUUUAUUUUAGAGUUCAAUACCGAUUUCUGUAAUUAUCCUCAAUUUCCAUAUGCUUACUGAAUCAUUGAAAACUAAUCUUUAAAAAUCAUGCUGUUCCAUUCUAUCUCUUACAAGUGUUACAUGUAUGAUACAACAAGUACGUAUUUUACGUUGUGUUUGGCUCCUGGAUAUAGCUGCAAUAAAAGCACUGAUUUGUGGGUGUGUAAAACCCUGGAGAAUAAACUCAUACUUUUAAAGAUCA